AUGGAUAAAAGCAAAUCAUCCACAACUAGCAGCGCAACUUCUGCCGAAUACAGUGCAAAUGUGUUUUCAGCAGUAUCAAAACAAGCCAUUACUAGCGCCACUGUUGAAGCCUCCUCAGGAGACUUUCGGGCACGACCAAGAAGAAUCGUGCAAAAUUUCCUUUUAGUAUGGCUCGAUGCUAAUAUUGAUGAAGGAAAGGAAGAUUUUCAAAAGUCGCUGGCACAGCUUCGAAAAAUUUUCGUGACAGUAGAACCUUUUACUGACGUUGGGCAAUGUGUUGAUUACCUAACAAGUAUAGAUGAUCAGAAAGUUUAUUUAAUUACCUCUGCGUCACUUGGCCAAAUGGCAGUACCGCUUAUACACGAUAUUGCUCAACUUGAUAAGAUUUUCGUUUUAUGCUCAAACAAAGAUGAACACAAAGUAUGGGCGAAUGAAUGUUCGAAAUCUAUAUGCGCGCAAUUAACAAAGGCGACACAAUCAUGCGACCAUAAUGCAAUACCGAUAAGCUUCAUACCAAAGCGAGAAACGUCAGAAGUAGCAUCCAACAGACAAAAUCUUGACCAAUUACCACCAUCGUACAUGUACUCGAUGAUUUUCAAGGAUAUAAUAUUAGAAAUCGACGACGACGACGACGACGACGACGACGCCAAAUCUAUUAAUACUUUAGUGAUUUAUUUUCGUCAACAAAGGAUUCCUGAAAUACAGAUAAACUUCUUACAGAGUAAUUACCACCAGAAAUCACCAGUUUGGUGGUAUUCGAAAUCAAUGUUUCUCCAUAGUAUGCUCAAUCGUGCCUUGCGAUUGCUCGAUAUGGAAACAAUGAUAAAGUUAGGCUUUUUUAUUCGAAGUCUUCAUCUUCAACUAAAGCAAUUGCAUCAAGAACAGUCGUCAAAUUUCCAACAAGCGUUUACCGUUUAUCGUGGUCAGGAACUCAGUCAACAGGAUUUUCAGAAUCUCUGUAAUUCAAAAGGUGGUCUACUAUCGUUCAACAACUUCUUAUCAACUAGUAAAAAAAAAGAAGUGGCAAUGAACUUUGUUAAUGAUUCACCACACGAAAGUACAGAAAAUGUUAGUGUUAUUUUUAUUAUGACUAUUGAUCAGAGUAAACUCUCAAAUUCGAAUACUCAAUUUGCUAUAAUUGAUAAAUACAGUGCUGUUCCAUCAGAACAAGAAAUACUAUUUACAAUGCACAGUGUUUUUCGCGCCGUUGAAAUUAAACAGAUGGCUGAGAACAGUCGUCUUUGGGAAGCACACUUGACUAUCACUGAUGAAAAUGAUCCACAACUUUCUACUCUCACCGAUCGCAUCAAACAGGAGAUCAACGAUGAAGGAUGGCAUCGAAUGGAUAAAUUGAUGCUCAAAGUGGGACAUUUCGAUCAAGCUGAAGAACUCUACAAUGAAUUACUCAAGAAUGCCUCCACUGAAAGCAAUAGAGCACAUAUCUAUCAACAGCUUGGAAUCUCGAAAAACGAUCAAGGGAAAUACCCAGAAGCAUCUAAAUUUUACGAAAAAUCACUCGAGAUCAAGCGGAAAACUCUAUCAGAAGAUGAUGAUGCAUUGGCUCCUAUUUACAGCAACAUCGGCUCAGUGCAUACAAACAUGGGUGAAUACUCGAAAGCACUUGAAUUUUACGAAAAAUCGCUCAAAAUACACGGAAUAUCUCUGCCUACAAAUCAUUCCGAUUUCGCUUCUUCCUACAACAACAUCGGUGGAGUGUAUACAUACUUGGGUGAAUACUCGAAAGCACUUGAAUUUUACGAAAAAUCACUCAAAAUACACGAAAUAUCUCUGCCACCGAAUCAUCCCGCUUUCGCUACUUCCUACAACAACAUCGGUGAUGUCUACCACAACAUGGGUGAAUACUCGAAAGCACUUGAAUUUUACGAAAAAGCAAAUAACAUCUUGAAGAUAUCGCUGCCACCGAACCAUCCCUCCUUCGCUAUUUCCUACAACAACAUCGGUGAGGUGUAUCGCAACAUAGCUGAAUACUCGAAAGCACUUCCAUUUCAUGAAAAAGCAAAUAACAUCUUGAAGAUAUCUCAGCCACCGAAUCAUCCCUUACUGGCUAGUUCCUACGACCACAUCGGUCUAGCGUAUAACAAAAUCGGCGAAUACUCGAAAGCCCUUGAAUUUCACCAAAAACCACUCAAAAUACACGAAAUAUCUCUGCCUACAAAUCAUCCCGCUUUCGCUACUUCCUACAACAGCAUCGGUGGAGUGUAUAACAACAUGGGCGAACACUCGAAAGCGCUUGAAUUUUACGGAAAAUCACUCAAAAUGACGGAAAUAUCUCUGCCUGCCAAUCAUCCAGAUUUGGCUACUUCCUACAACAACAUUGGUACUGUGUAUAACAAGAUGGGAGAGAUAGAUGAAAUAUCAGCACAUGAAUCUAUCGACGAUGAUAGCGAUGCAUAG